AUGGAGCACCGGGGGCUGGCCCCCCGACCAGUGCAGCAGGCUGACCGGUCGGGCCGCGUCCGGCACCGGAGGACCAAGCGGGAGCGGAACCAGGCCAGGGCCAGCAGAGGCCCCAGUGCUGGGGGGCCCCGGGUACCCCGGGCUCGGCCUAGGUGCUCACUGGCCCACAGGGACCCAACUCUGGGCCCCCCUGCACCCCAGCCUGUGAUCAUCACCCAGGGCCGGCUGAGCCGGGCACACCGGGGCCUCCUGGGCAAGGAGGUGAAGUCCCUGAAUGUAGACCGGCUGCUGAGUGGCCUGGCUGAGGAGGUGAGCAGCCCCCCAGCCAGGGAAACCCCAGCCCCUGAAAUAGCAGCAACCGCAGUGACAGCAACAGCGGCAGCAACAGCAGCAGCAGCAGCAGCACCCCUGCCCGUAGCCUGGGAUGAGGAGCCCACCCAAGGGCUUCCACCAAAGGGCAAAGAGAAUGAAGCUCCUGGAGGGCCUACCCCGGAGCUCCCCAGCCCUCGAACACUGCUGGAGGAACUUCAAGGGCAGCUGCAUCUUCCCGGAGCCUUCCCCAGGCGCAGCCUGGUCCAGGAAGCCCGAGCAGAGAUAAUCGGGGCCCUGUUGGCCCACAACGGGGAGCUGCCUGACCUUAGCCAGGUCCUUAGGGGCCUCAGGGAGCAGGGAGCAGGGCCAGAACCUCAGAGCCCAGAGGAAUGGCAGAUGGUGCCCCAAGAUCGAGAACCCCCUGAUCAGCAGGCUCUGAUGGAGAGCAGGAGGAGGAGGAGGAGGAAGGGGAAAAGGGAACUCAUGUUUACCUUGGGAGCUACCCCAAGCCCACCUUCCACUGAGAAGAGCCUGGUGCUGCCCCCGGACCCAUGGGUCCCCUCGCCCUCACCCCCACCCCUACCCCUUGGAUCUGAGCGUGGAGAGACUACUUGGGGCCCUCAGACAUCAUUUGAUGUCCUGAAGAGCAUCUGGCUGCCUGCUACCCCACCAACGUGUGCCCCACCGUGGCAGUGGGGAGCCGGGGGGACUGACCACCCACCUGCUUGCUUACCUAACUCAGAGGCCCUGGACUGGAGCCCUAGCCCCCCAGCCCCAAUGCCUGGACUGCCCUGGUUUGUGUCCAGGAGUAGCCCAGAGCCCUGGACUUUCCCCCGGAUGAGGCUUUACUGA